AGGAGCGAGACGACAUCCGUAUUAACCUCAGCUUCCUUGCUCCUCGACAACGCAUGCAUUGCGACGAAGUUGGCACUUCAGGGGUCAAGGCAAGCUUUUUUUGUAACGCACAAAUAGCUCCAAAGGGCCAAAGUCUGUUGCUGAGCCCUUUGUCUAUGCGAUGCCACACAUUGCCGACCACUUCUUCAUUGCCGGCUUGCCUGAAGACUAUCACUUCACUGAUCACAAGAGCGAGACGCGGUCGAGGGAUGCUGCGACACGACGUGCAAAGACUUUGCGCACCAAAGGCAGGGUUCAGGCAGUACGCAAAGUAGUGGACAAUCGGCCGGAUACAGCAGAGCAAAAGCAAGUGCUCUUCCAAAUACUCACGCGGCUAGACGAUACCUUUGAGUUGAGGCCCCUCGAUCUGCCCAUUUCAUCUGCUCGUAUCGAGGACGACGAUUCAUGCAGCAGUUUGGAUGAGACGACGCUACGGCAGGCUUCAGACAGCGAGGGAUCAUCUGAUACUGCUCCGUCACCACCAAUGACGGCAUCUGGCUAUGCACAUGUUAUUCCCGAUCGCAAGUCAACGAUGCAGGCAGAGGGAUUGCAUCCGUUAUCCAAAAAAUAUCCACCAAAGCUCCUCUCACGAUACCCAGACUUGUUCGACUGUAAUCGCCUAUCGUUUCCCGACUACCUGCCCAUGUUUGUCUUCCCGGAUGACAUGAACAUCAAGCUCUCUGAAGAACGACCCAAUGCAGUUUGGCACUCAUUCUCCCUAACACAAGCAUCUGGUGAGCAUAUCCACGGAACCUGUAUUAUUCUCUGGGUCCAGGUCACACACGCACAAGCCGAGCAGCUCGAAGCAGCGUGCGAAGCCUGGCAACAGGCUCAUCUCUCACAAGAAGAUAAGGAACUCGCUUCAAGCCUUUCGAGCCGACUUGCAGAGCAACGAGCACGACUCAGCCAGCUGCUCCUACGACUUGCUCAAGCGACGAGUAUUGAGCGAGAACGACUGGCAGACACCAUUGAAGAAUGUGAAGAGAAAAUCGCCAUGUACGCGUCGAUGCUCAAACCCUUGCGUAUGGAUGGUAUGUCACAAGGUGCCGUGUAUUGGGCACCACGCGCAUACGGUGUCCUUGGUCAAGAGGCAGCUUUCCAACGGACAUGGCGAGACUGGCUGCUUGCAACCUGCGCUUCUUAUUUUCCCAACGAGUUGCAGCACGUCCCAUUGCCAACACACACGGAGGCACCCUUGUUGCCACUGGAACGGUACAUUGUUCAAUUCUUGAGUGAAACGCCCUUUCCACCGCUUGGCCAGUCGAGGAUCAGCUUGCCAAUGCGCACGACGACUCUGUCCAUCAUUCGAGAGCCAGCAAAUGAGGUGCCAGGCAGUAGAAGGAUUGACUUGUAUCCACUCUUUCGUGCCUUGUCCAUUAUCAAUAUUGUCAAGCUAUGCGAAGCUGCAUUGCUAGAGAGUCGCAUUGUCUUGAUCUCAGCGCAUACGUCCAUGCUGUCUCUUGCUGCACAGGGGUUGCUUUCGUUGCUUUGGCCAUUCGAGUGGCAAGGCGUCUUUAUACCCGUCUUGCCAAGACGCUUGGUCCAAGGAUUAGAAGCACCAACACCAUACAUCAUGGGUAUCAAUGCUGCUUGGACGAACAUCGAAUACCCCAUUGGCAGUGAUGUCGUCCUUUGCCACCUCGACAACAAUACGAUCGAUGGAACAGUGCCCGAACUGCCGAGUGGCAUUCGUCGCAAGUUCACUUCGCUGCUGUCACAAGCAUCCAUGAUGCAUUCAGUCUAUCAGCUUCCCUAUGGGCCGCCGACAUAUUGCAUCGAUGCAUACCCACACAAUUCUGUUGUGUUUGGUCCCGGUGCUUGCAAGACAGACGGUCCCAGUGAAUUGAAUGCAUUGCUGCUGAACAGAGGAUACGCCAGUGAAGACACCAUACAAGGUGCACCGCCAGCAUUGAAUGUCUUCGCAAAGCAUGAAAUACGCCCACUUCAAGUUGUGCAGCGCACAAGUACUGCCACUCGCUCAGUAUCAACCAUGAUGGGAAGCCUUGACUCAAAUCGGCGAAGAAUGCACCACUCAAACUUUCCGUCCAUGAGUCGACGCCGUGGUAGCGUCAUUAGCAUAGACGAUUUGCUAUUGUACGACUCGGGUGGCAGCUCAGAGACGUCCCCCGAGUCAUCCAUCACGUCGCGUGGCUUGCAUACAAUGUACAGUAUGCAGCCACCAGCCUCAGCUUAUGCUGCAUCCACUCUCUUCUCAACCAUGCCAUCAAUCAAGGAGGACUACCAGCAGCCUUUGCACACUUCAAAUGCGCUCAACUUGAUUGUGCAUCGCGAGGGACACCAGAUGCGGCAGUCUACCGCGACCAACAAGGCAAAAGGCCAGCGAUGCGCAUUCUCACUUGAACCGAUCGAUGGACCAUUCUACACCUGUUUGCAUUGUGGUCUUCUAGUGGCUGCGAAACACGUCCAUGAUAUUAGCUUACCAUGCCUACCAGCAGCCUUUGACAGUGCCGAGGUCCGUGCUGCUUUUCUGCGAUCCUUUGCAACACUUAUGCGAGAUUAUCGCUUGAGUACGCGGCCUACAGUCUUUGGCAUACGCACGCAACGAGACCGAGAGCAAAUCUUUCAUUUCGAUAAAGAAGCUUUUCUGACACAUACUGCUGCGCAGCUGGGCUGCGCACGACACGCGGAAAGUUUCCUGGACCGCUUCAGCCAGACGAGCUUGUUUUCUGGCUUCAUUGAUGCUCGUUGUAAAGUGGCCAUUGGACAUGGCAGUAUCGCUUUGUUUGAUGAUAUCAUUCUGGCAAAAGUCAAGCGUAGCAAAGCAGGUCUCUUUGGUAUUCGGUCAGAGCCGACAGUCUUGCGGGACAUGUCGUGUCUAUAUCGACAAAUAACCUCUGCACCUGGUGCGAACACACAGCAUCUGCCUGAAGGUUGGCAAUCAGACAUCACGACACCGCCUGCGGUGUUGAGAACGACGCAUCUGUUGUACCCAUGGAACAAUGCAUUCUAGUUGAAUUCUUUGAUGAUUUGACGCAAAGCUGCUGCAUACUCUUCCACUGAUUUCGCACCAACAAGUGUCAAGUCACGUCUGCGGCCGUCAAUACGGACGUGAGGGACACCCGUCACGUCGUUCAACUCUUGCUCUGCUACCAUCGCCUUUGUCUCGCUGAGCAAUUUGUCACUUGCAAGAAAUGCUGCGACCUGUGAGCGCGUCAUGGGGAAACCUGCCUUCUCGACACAUGUGGCCAGAGUCUGUACGCUGGAUGGAUGCUUGCCAUGUGUAAAGUAGGCUUCAUACAGCGCAUUCAUGAAUAUCUCCAUUUGCUCAAAUGUAUACUCUUCCUCAUCCAUCUCUUGCUUUUGUGAGAGAUGCAAAAUGAGACGAUGUGCUGGAAGCGAGCCUGCAACAAAUCCCGUGUAGUGCACUUCAAUCCCAAGUUU